AUGGUAGUGACUAAAAAAUAUGAUGAUUUGAUAGUGACUCCAAAGCAUAAUGAUGCUAUAGUAGUGACACCAGUGUAUAAUGAAACUUCUGAAGCCUUUCUUGCUUAUGAAGAUCGCUAUAGCACAAGCACACAUUUAAAUACUUUUAAAUUUCAUAUACAUAAAAACACAAAUUUUCUGCAGCAAUCGUCUUAUUAUUCUCUACAAAAAUACAAAAUUAAUUCUGAAAAUUAUCAAUACCUCAUCCAACCACGAAACUUUUGCAAAGAAAAUCCAUAUCUGAUCAUUCUGGUGCCCUCAAUUCAUACUAAUAAAAUGGUACGAGAUAGUAUUAGAAGAACAUGGGGAAGUCAAGAAUGGCCUAGUGGAAUUUUAAACAAUGUUAAGUUACUUUUUCUAUUCGGAGUUCAUCUUCAUAAAGAAAUUGAAUUCAUUAUACAAGAAGAAAGUGAAAUCUUUAAUGAUAUUAUUCAAGGUGAUUAUUUAGAUUCAUAUUAUAACCUAACUGUCAAGGUAUUAAAUGGUUUAAGAUGGGUCUCAAACCAAUGCGCAGGAGUUAAAUAUGUCUUAAAAGCAGAUGAAGAUACUUUUACCAAUAUUCCAUUACUUUUGGAAUUCUUACAGACAUCUGGAAUGCCAGAAACUGUUUAUGGACAUCUCCAUGUUGAUUCCAAUGUUAAAAGAGUUGGAAAAUGGGCUGUUUCUAAAUCAGAUUUUCCUUUUCCUACAUAUCCUGAUUAUAUGGCUGGGAACACUUAUGUCAUAUCUGGAGAUCUUUUAUCUAAAUUAGUGAAAACAAGUGAAUAUGUGAAAUAUUUACAUAUUGAAGACGUGUAUAUAACUGGUAUUUUAAUAAGGAUAUUAAAAAUAACACAUAUUGAUGUUGAAGGGUUUACUCAAUGGUAUUCUAGCAAGCCUACAGUGUGUGAUAUAAUCAAUAGAUAUAUAAUAACAGGUAAUAAUAUAGAUAGCCAAUAUGCUCAAACUAUAUGGAACACUUUAAAUAAUCAUUCUCAAACUGACUGUAAAUAA